GUCCUCAUCACAAAAGUAAACAAAUCGAAAACUAAUAGUUCAUAUUUUCUACUUUUACCUUUUUAAUAACCUUCUUUUCAAGGGUUUUUUUAAAAAAAACUAUGACAGAACAAACGCCACAGACCGCUGUCGAUCAAAGUGUUUCAGCAACUUCAAAUGUUGCUCCCACUUCUACUGCUACUCCGUCAGCUUCAACACACAUUCAAACGCAACAGCAACUGCAGCAGCAACAACAAAACCAGGCGUUUAUGCAGCAGUUUUGGAGUCGACAAAUUACUCUUGCAGAACAGUUUGAAAGUGACUUUAAAAAUCAUCCUCUACCUCUAGCUAGAAUUAAGAAAGUCAUGAAAAGUGAUCAGGAUGUUAAGAUGAUUAGUGCAGAGGCACCAAUCUUAUUCUCCAAAGCCUGUGAAAUUUUUAUAUCUGAAAUUACAAUGCGAGCAUGGAUCCAUGCUGAAGAAAACAAACGUCGCACCCUACAACGUAGUGAUGUUGCUUCUGCAGUUAGCAGAUCUGAUCAAUUCGAUUUCUUGAUUGAUAUCGUUCCAAGAGAGGAAGUACCUAAAAGUUCAAAUAGAAGACCUAAGGAAGAACCUGUAGGCGUUAAUGCUUUUUGAUGUAUAUUGCGUUUAUAAAAGAUUUUUUUUCGUAUAAUGGUUGUCUUUUUAUUCUUAUAAGAGUAUCUUGAUUUAUAUUUUUUAAAAACAAAUUUUCAAUAAAAAAUAAAUUUUAAGCAAACAGAACAUAUAUUUGCCGA